ACAGCGUCUAAAUCUGCUGUCAAUUCUCAGUUAUAUCUUAUUUUACAAAUCAUGCCGUCCUAAAAUAAUGAAUUCACGAAACGCAGAAAAAAAAUAGCCAACCAUGUUCAUUUACUUGAAACGGUGCUGAACAUUCAACAAAAAUGUCCAAGUGCAGUAAGGUAAAAAAUCCUUGCAAAAUUUGUUUGGGUCCCGUCACAUUAAAAAACGGAUUACAAUGUAAAGGUGCUUGCAAAACCUGGAUGCAUUUCGAGUGUCUAAACUACACCCCAGGUAAAAUUAAAGAUAUAAAGACGGGUAUAAUCAAAGUCACUUGCCCCUGUCCGGAUUGUAAGACGAGUGAACCAAAAGAAUACCGUACGGAUACACCGUUCAGUUGUACCAAUAUACGGUGUCCGGCGAACCGUCCGGCAAAGUGUGACAACAAGGAAUGUCCAUCGAACAAAGCACCGGACAAAAUAAAUCAAACGUCGACGAAUCUAAUACCGGGAUGCCCGUUGACUAAAUGCGGUAUAGACUGCAAGAGGAAUAGUUUUCCUCAGUUACCGAGUGCUCCAGCACCACCUAUUGGUAAACCAUGUGCCCCUCGAUCCUCGUCAGUAAGUAUCAAUCCUUCACCCAGUAUAGACGAUCCUUCAGGCGACGCAUUUAAAAAUCCUCGUGCAGAUCUAUCUUCUUUGGGAACUCUGCAGCAAAUGUGCAGAACUGUCGGUCAAUUGGCGAACCAGAUAAAUCAUUUGAUGAACAAAAUGAAGCAGGUGGUUAGCGAACCUGAGGGAGGUGGGUCUUGCUUGAAGAAAGAAAAAAACAAGCCAUGCCUCCCGCCACCUGCACCCUCAGCCACUGAGAAGAAACCGAACUGCCCGAAACCGUGUCACUGCCCUGGUAAUCCUAAUCGAAAAAAAUGAUUCCUGUAAAAGUUUCUUGUAAUGUCAAAC